AUUAGAGGACUGAUCAAUAAUCGAACGUUUGGUAUCAUGAGUCGAGAUCCGGAACUGGUUAAAAUACUCAAAGAAGCGAUGCACGAUGCGUUUGCUGAGUGCUCACAUCGGUCAGAAUCGCAUCGUUGGAACUGUGCCGUUGUUGGUAGUCCUUAUAGUGCACUUUUUCCAUCGCUCACUCACUACGCAAGUCGCGAAUUUGCUUAUUUACUUGCUUUGACUACCGCAUCAGCAGUGCGCUCGAUUGCCCGAGCAUGUGCAAUGGGUCGACUGCGGUCUUGUUCAUGCGAUCCUUCAAAAGUUGGUCCCGUUCUAGCCGACCAACGUGAUGUUUGGUCCAGCUGUAUGAAACGCACUGGUUCGGACAAUGUUCGUUAUGCGAUCAAAUUAUCGAAGCGUCUAAUAGAUCGGCAAUUCUCGUGUCUGUUUCCUGAUAAAACAUCGCCUAUUUACUUGCAUAAUAUUGCUGUUGGACGAACGUUUUAUUGGAUUCAGUUUCAGAGAGUGAGAGUAAGAACAAAGUGUGAUUGCAUAUCAGCAUUUGGUAGUUGUUUAAAGAGGAGAUGCUCAUCACGUGUUAUAACAUUAUCGCAAAUUGGUGAUGCACUGAUCGUGUCUUUAUUACGUUCACGUCGAAUUCGACGUUCAAAUACCACUUCGCAUUCGAAUCGACGCUUAUGUAUACGCCGUCGUCAUGAGCAACGCAUGAAGCACAAGUUGGCUGAUAUUACCAUAUGA